UUGAGGAUUAAUUCUGAACAUUUUCAAAUUGAAGUGGAAAGAGGGUCAUCUUGGAUCAGGAGAAGGCAAUGGGGAAGGUUGUUCGUAAUAGGAAGUUGUCCCAUACGGGAGAGACGGCUCCUAAUCAAAAUUAUGGAGCUGGUUUGGCUGGUCCCUUCAAGAAAGGUGCUACCGUGACGGUUUCUCUCUUCACCAUCAUCCUGAUCUUCAUUGGAGCUCUCGUUUCCACCCGAUGCAUUAAUGUUUCUAUUCUCACAGGAGAUUUUUUGAAGAAUACUAGUCCAACAAAGCUCCAUAGUCAGAAAUUUGAGUAUUCUCUGAAUUGCAGAGAGGGAAACAUGUCACAGACCUGCCCGGUUACUGGACCGGUGGCAUUUGAGCCCGGUGAACCGCCCAGUGAGACCUGCCCAGAAUACUUUCGGUGGAUCUACGAAGAUCUGAGGCCAUGGAUGGACACGGGGAUCACGAGAGCCAUGGUGGAAAAAGCAAGGCCUGCUGCAAGUAUCAGGAUUGUGGUGGUUGAUGGCAAGGUUUAUGUGGAAAAGUACAAGAGGGUGAACCGCAAUAGAGAUGAGUUCACCAUAUGGGGCAUUCUGCAGCUGCUGAGGAUGUAUCCGGGGAAGCUUCCGGACUUCGAUUUGAUGUUUGAAUGCCGCGACAGACCGAUGAUAAGGACACAUUUAUACCAAGGACCUGAUGCCACUGUUCCACCACCAUUGUUUCAUUACUGUGGAGAUGAUGAAACGUAUGAUAUUGUCUUCCCGGACUGGUCAUUUUGGGGUUGGCCAGAGACCAACAUAAAACCAUGGAAUGGCUUUAAAAAGGACCUGAAGGAGGGCAACUACAGAACCAAGUGGAUAGAUAGAGAACCCUACGCUUAUUGGAAAGGAAAUGUCAAGAUGGGUGUGGUCAGAAAAGAGCUUUUCAAAUGUAGAAACACCGAUGAACAAGACUGGAAUGCUCGUCUUUAUAUAAUGGACUGGGGUCGAGAGGUUCAAAGUGGAUUCAAAACUUCAGAUUUAGCAAGCCAAUGCACUCAUAGAUACAAGAUUUAUACCGAGGGAAUUGCAUGGUCAGUUAGUGAAAAAUACAUUCUAGCUUGUGAUUCUGUGACCCUGCUUGUCAAGCCUCAAUACUAUGAGUUCUUCACAAGAAGUUUACAGCCUCUGGUCCAUUACUGGCCUAUAAAACACAAGGACAUGUGCAAAUCCAUCAAGUUUGCCACUGACUGGUGCAACAACCAUACAGAGAAGGCACAGAAGAUAGGAAAGGCGGGGAGCAGCUUCGUCCAAGAGGAGAUAAAGAUGAAAUUUGUGUAUGACUACAUGUUCCAUCUGUUGUCCAUGUACGCAAAGCUGCUUAAAUACAAGCCAACUGUGCCUCCAAUGGCUGUGGAGUUCUGCCCAGAGAUGAUGGCUUGCGCUGUUGAAGGGUUGGAGAAGGAUUAUAAGCUCCAAAGCAUGGUGAAGAGUCCUUCGGAUACAGGUCCAUGCAUCAUGCCUCCUCCCUUUAGUUCAGCAGAACUCAAAGAUGUGCUUGAGAAGAAAGACCAUGUGAUGAAGCAAGUGGAGACAUGGGAAGAAAGUGGAAGUGUUGGAGAAGAGACCAUUGCAAAUAUUCUGAAGGCAAAAUGACUAAAUUUUGUAUAUAAUGUAGAUGAGAAAAGAGUUCUCUUUGUGUCCUUUUCAUGUUACUUAUUCUUAGGAACCAAACAUGUAAAUUUUCUCAUGCAUAAGCAUUGUUGACUAAUAAAUAGAUCAAGAUCUCUUGGAUGUAA